ACGAAGAAAAUGCUACAAAAAACAACUGGCUUUGCAUCGAAGGUGUCAUUUACGACGUUACUAAUUUUGCUAGCGAGCAUCCUGGCGGCAAAGUCAUUAUAAAUACUUCUUUGGGAAAAGACAUGACUGCCGCUUUUAAUGGUGGGGUCUACGACCAUUCUAAUGCGGCCAGAAAUUUAAUGGCUUCUAUGCGUGUUGGUGUUAUAUCGGGUGGUAUGGAGAUAAUGAGCCGUAAAAUGAAACAAACGUGA